AUGAGCUGUAUGGCACUUGCACUCGGAGAAUCUAUCUUUCUCUCCGGGGGCAUUACAACCGCCAUAAGACUGGACAUCGACGGGAGACCCGGUUGUCUCACACUUAUUAAAGGCAAUCGAUAUCUCAUCUCGAGGUAUCUGGGCGCCGCAGGUACGCUGCCCUGUUCCAUUCUUGGGGCAGUCCUUGAGCACAGCUCUAGAAGGACUAUAAGGAGCCAUCCGGGUGGGCUAGCUCCCACGAUCCUGUAUAGUCCGUUGAGCAGCAGUGCUGCCGGUGAGAGGAAGGACAAUGAGAAGGAUAAUCCGCCCCCGCCCCAAGCUCCGUGCGUAAACUUCUUUAUGCAUAGGACAAUUCGGGUGAAGAUGAUUAAACAUCUCGGGGGUUUUUGUCCGCUCCAGGCUUGGUUUCCUGUGAAAAGAGCUCCGAUAUCGAAGAAAAGAUUUAUCUCUGCCGUUGAGCUCGGAUUCGGAGGGAGACCUGAAGUUGUCUUCUCGCUCUUCCUACUUCCGUGCCUGGAGGUUAGAGAUUAUCAUUCAGUUCGAGCUCGUACAGCCACCUCCGGGACCUCUGGAAAAGGCAUAUCGGCUGACCUUGCGUCGCCUCGAGCUCAUCCGAGUGAGCUAUCAGCAUCGCCGCACAUAUCGCCGAAGAUAUCGGAGUCAUCCCCAAAGACGACGGUCUCCGGCUUUAUGGGCAAAUUCAAAGAUCUUAUGUCCGGCCUUCUGGUCUUUAUCUUUCCAUUUAGGGCUAUGACACAAAUUGUACCCCCAUAUUGUCUCCUGUGCAAUUUCUUUGGCCAGAUUAAUGGAAAACGAGGUACGAAAUAUGACCACUGCUACAACACCGCUGCUGCUUCAUGCAUUGCUUGUACUUUUUACACCGUACAGACUUCGCUCUUUUUAUAUCCGGACCUGCACAAUUCAAAGCAAGCGUCGACACCGUCCGGGCGGGUGAGCACCCCCGGAAUUAAUUUGGUGGAGGAGGAUCGAGUUGAGCGGGUAUUCGUAUUAAUUACGGACAUUCUAUGUAUCCUUGGCCGCUCCUAG